AUGACCAAAAACCCUUCUCUUGUGCUCAACAAAAUCGACGACAUUUCCUUCGAGGAGUUCGACGCUCCAACCAUCACCAGCCCCCACGACGUUCUCGUGGAGGUUAAGAAAACGGGCAUUUGUGGCUCUGAUAUCCACUACUAUGCUCAUGGCAAGAUUGGCGACUUUGUCUUGACCAAACCCAUGGUAUUGGGCCAUGAGUCUGCAGGGGUGGUUGCUGAGGUUGGCUCUGGUGUGACGUCUGUGAAAGUGGGCGACAAAGUGGCCAUUGAGCCUGGGGUGCCUUCAAGAUUGAGCAACGAGUACAAGGCUGGCAAGUACAACUUGUGUCCUCAUAUGGUGUUUGCAGCCACGCCCGAGUCGAGCCCAGAGAAGCCCAAUCCGCCAGGAACGUUGUGCAAAUACUACAAGUCGCCCGAGGAUUUCUUGGUGAAAUUACCAGACCACGUUUCGCUCGAGUUGGGUGCUCUUGUAGAGCCAUUGAGCGUGGGUGUCCAUGCUGCACGUCUUUCCAAGUUGUCCUUUGGCGAUAAAGUGCUAAUUUUCGGUGCUGGGCCUGUUGGAUUGCUUGCAGCAGCGGUGGCCAAGAAGUUUGGCGCUGCCACGGUCACUGUGGUGGACAUUUUCGACUCGAAGUUGCAGAUGGCCAAGGAUAUUGGGGCUGCCACCCACACGAUUAAUUCGAAAACGGCUUCGAAACCUUUCAGUGAGCAUUUCACUGCUGACGACGCUCCAAACGUUGUUUUGGAGUGCACAGGUGCUGAGAUUUGCAUUCAACAAGGUGUACUUGCUUUGGCACCCGGUGGAAGAUACGUCCAGGUUGGUAACGCUGGCGGAUACGUCAAGUUCCCCAUCACUGAGCUUGCAACCAAGGAGGCUACUGUGUAUGGCUCCUUCAGGUACGGUUUUGGCGACUACAAGACCUCGGUGGCCAUCUUGGACGAGAACUACAAUAAAGGUAAGGAGAACGCUCAGAUCGACUUUGAGGCUUUGAUCACAGAUAGGUACUCCUUCAAGGACGCCAUCAAAGCCUACGAUCAUGUGCGUGCUGGCGGCCCUGUAAAGUGCAUCAUUGAUGGCCCCGAGUAG